AUGACGAGUCUCAAACGAUCUAUGGGAUCGGAUCCCUACUCAUCUAAUAUAUCAAGUAAAGUCUAUGUACGCUCUACCAAAAGUGGCAAAGUUCAGAAGAUUGUUCGUGAAUUAUACCUUCGACAAGAUAUUCCCUGCUCAUCCAAGCUUUGCGACAGCUGCCUCAAAAGUGCGCCACCAGAUGCAAGUGGUGUUGUGCCACCCUUUGUUCUUUCCGAGAAGCCUGCUGGAACGAAAGCAUACCCUCAAGGCCACUACCUGGUUCCCGAUACCAAUGCAUUGCUAAACGCCCUCGACCUUUUUGAACAAGCAUCUGCUUUCUACGAUGUCAUCAUAUUACAAACCGUACUUGAAGAGCUGCGAAAUAGAUCCUUGCCGCUUUACAAUCGUUUGAUUGGGCUUACGAAGAGUGAAGACAAACGAUUUUAUGUUUUCUUUAAUGACUUUCGUCUGGAAACUUAUGUGGUUCGGGAGACUGGAGAAAGCAUAAAUGAUAGAAAUGAUAGAGCAGUCCGGCGAGCGGUCAAAUGGUACGACGAACAUAUUACACAGGCAGUCAAGGCUUCGGGAGGGCGUUCGAAAAAGAUACCUGCUGUUGUAAUGCUUAGUGAUGAUAAAGAGAAUCUCAAAAAAGCAAAGCGUGAUGGCAUUCAAGCAUGCUCCCUUCGGGAAUAUGUUGGUGGAUUGGAAAAUGCAGAUCAACUCCUGGAUAUGAUCAGCGCGGCACAGGAAGACAAAGAAGCCCGAGAUGCUAGAACUUCUGGAAACUUAUACCAGGAAUAUUUUUCAGUAUCGAAGAUGAUGACUGGUGUCAAGAACGGCACGUUACAUCAAGGUAUUUUUAACGUUUCACCAUACAACUAUCUCGAGGGUUCAGUGAACGUCCCCGCUUUUGACAAAUCAUUACUUGUUCUUGGCAGAGAGAACAUUAAUAGAUCUGUCCAGGGUGAUGUUGUUGUUAUCGAGGUAUUACCAAAAGACCAAUGGAAAGAGCCAUCUACGAAAAUCAUUGAAGAAGAAAGCCUAAACAAAGAUGAAAAUCCUGAUGCCGAUGAGGGAGAAGCGGUCGUUACUGAAAAGGAAAGACGUGCGCUCCAAGAAGAGGUAAAGAAGACUCACAGCAAGGGUGCGGAGAAUCGUCCGCAGCCAACUGCAAGAGUAGUCGGUGUCUUAAAGCGCAAUUGGAGACAAUAUGUCGGUCAUGUGGACGAAUCAUCUGUUAGUCAGUCGGUGAAACAAAGUCGCAAGCAACAAACCGUGUUCCUUAUUCCUAUGGAUAAGAGGAUACCGAAAAUUCGCGUUAGGACGCGACAAGCGGGUGAGAUAUUAGGAAAGCGGGUUUUGGUCACCAUCGACUCCUGGGAUAGGGAUUCUAGAUAUCCGGUUGGUCAUUUUGUUCGUUCUCUCGGCGAGCUAGAAACGAAAGGUGCCGAGACAGAAGCUCUACUUUUGGAAUAUGACGUACAAUAUAGACCAUUCCCGAAAGCAGUUUUAGAUUGCUUACCGGCAGAGGGGCAUGAUUGGAUUGUACCCCCAAGUACGGAUGAUCCUGGAUGGAAAAACAGACGCGAUCUUCGUGGUCUUAACAUUUGCAGUAUUGAUCCAAUAGGCUGUCAAGAUAUUGAUGACGCAUUACAUGCAAGGCCUUUGCCCAAUGGAAAUUAUGAAGUGGGCGUGCACAUUGCGGAUGUCUCACAUUUCGUCAAGCCAAAUAAUGCAAUGGACGCAGAGGCAAGUAUACGAGGCACUACCGUUUAUUUAGUAGAUAAGCGAAUUGAUAUGUUACCGAUGUUACUUGGGACGGAUUUGUGUUCCCUCAAGCCAUACGUCGAGAGAUAUGCUUUUUCUUGUUUAUGGGAAAUCACGCCGGACGCCGAAAUCGUAAAUGCAGAAUACACAAAGUCUGUCAUUAAAUCUCGAGAAGCAUUCAGUUAUGAGGAUGCCCAAAAACGUGUUGACGAUGCUUCCCAACAAGAUGAGCUUACUACCAACAUCCGUACGCUUCUCAUGCUUUCGAAGAAAUUCAAGCAAAAGCGUAUGGAUGCUGGAGCUUUGAGUCUCUCAUCACCUGAAGUUAAAGUGGAGAUGGAAUCUGAGACUUCAGACCCAAUAGACAUCAAACAGAAAAAGCACCUUGACACAAUGUCGCUAGUCGAAGAAUUUAUGCUUCUAGCCAACACCAGCGUAGCAGCCAAGAUUUAUUCCGCCUUCCCACAAACAGCCAUGCUCCGUCGCCACGCCGCCCCUCCCAAAACAAAUUUCGAAGAACUCGCCAAUCAACUCAAAGUCAAGCGUGGUCUUGAAUUAAAGGUUGGCUCGUCAAGGCAACUUGCCGACUCUCUAGAUGGAUGUGUUGAUCCCACCGAACCCUUUUUCAAUACCCUCGUCCGUAUCAUGGCAACUCGCUGUAUGAUGUCGGCAGAAUAUUUCUGCUCUGGUACACAGGCGUACCCCGAGUUCCGCCAUUAUGGUUUAGCCUCUGAAAUUUACACUCAUUUCACGUCGCCAAUUCGUCGUUAUGCUGAUCUCGUUGCUCAUCGUCAGCUUGCUGCAGCAAUUGACUACGAACCUCUUGCUGCCAGUGUCCGCAGUAAGGGAAAAUUAGAAGGUGUUUGCAAGAACAUCAACGUCCGUCACCGCAACGCUCAACAAGCAGGUCGCGCCUCGAUUGAAUACUAUGUCGGACAAGCACUCAAAGGUCGUAUAGUUGAAGAAGAAGGUUUUGUGAUGAAAGUUUUCAGCAAUGGAUUUGUAGUGUUCGUACCUAGAUUCGGUAUCGAGUCACUUAUUCGUCUAAGAGAUCUAGCGGAGCCUGAACCGGAGGGUAAUUUUGAUGCGGAGAAUUAUGUAUUGCAAACAAAAGGAAGCAGGGAGGUUAGAGUGGAGUUGUUUGGAAAGGUGGUGGUUAGGAUUAGUGAUAUUAAGGAGGAGAGUACCGGAAAGAGGAAGAUUAAGGCGGAGUUGGUGGAGGUGGUGGAGGUGAAGGGCAAGAAAUAG